CUAUCGGGACUACUUAACUAUAUGGAUGGUUUGUGGUCAAGUUGUGGCGAGGAACGAAUUAUUGUAUUUACCACGAACCAUAAGGACAAAGUAGACCCAGCAUUGUUGCGCCCUGGUCGUAUGGACAUGCAUAUUCAUUUAUCCUUUCUUAAGGCCAAGGCAUUCAGAAUCUUAGCUUCAAAUUAUUUGGAGAUUGAAGAACAUCAUCAGUCACUCUUUGAGCAAAUUGAAGAGCUAUUGGAAAAAGUAGAUGUCACCCCUGCAGUAGUGGCAGAGCAUCUGUUGAGAAGUGAGGAUCCUGAUGUUGUUCUCGAAGAACUUAUAAAAUUUCUUCAAGAAAUUGACAUUUCAAGAGUUAUUAUGGAUGAAGGUUAUAGUCAGCAACAAUGUUCUAAAAACCAAACCGAACUUCGAACCAGCAAGACCUCUAGAUUAUGGUUCAACUGUUUUAAAUCGCUUGAAUCCAGACAAAACCGCAGUCGAAAGGUUCAAAUAACAAAACCGCAGAAAAUGUCGAAAACCUAAUAUAAAAGUUUACUUCAGUAUUUGUUGCUACGGGUAAAUGAAGCUGCACAA